AGCGAUUCAACCUCGAGACACUUCCAAGCGUCUCUGCAACCAACCACAACGCUAUCGCUUUUCCAAGUUUCCACUCGAGAUCAAAUCGCAUGGAGCGGCAAACUAGCCUCUCAGAUGACGCCCAGCGAUGGCAGCCAUCCUACCAUUUCACUGCCCCCCAGGGGUGGAUGAAUGAUCCGUGCGGUCUGGGCCAUGAUCCUGCAACCGGGCUCUAUCACCUGUCAUUUCAGUGGAACCCGAAAGGCAAUGACUGGGGAAAUAUGUCUUGGGGGCACGCGGUUUCUAAUGAUCUGCUCCAUUGGGAUGUCUACCCCGAGCCAUGUCUGCAGCCCACCACCGAUUAUGACCAGUGCGGUGUCUUUACAGGCUGUUUCCGACCUAACGCCGUAGAUGGGGCCCCAAAUGCCCUUACUGUUAUAUAUACAUCAGUGAAGCGCCUUCCCAUUCAUUACACGUUGCCGUAUGUGCCUGGCUCCGAGUCAGUCAGUUUAGCCACUUCGCAUGACCAUGGUUUGACAUGGCAGCGUCUUGACUGCAACCCAGUUAUACCACGCUCCCCCCCGAAUGUCAAAGUAACAGGCUGGCGGGAUCCUUUCGUUGGCGUCUGGCAGUUCAUGCAGGAACUGCCGGAGGCAUUUCCAUCCUCCGAACUCUGCGGUCUUAUCUCCGGAGGGAUCGCCGGACAGACCCCAACAGCCUUUGUGUAUUCCAUCCAUCCUCACGACUUACGACAGUGGAAGUACUUGGGACCGCUAGUUGACGUUGGGCUCAAUUUCCAACCUUCCCGUUGGUCCGGCGAUCUGGGGGUCAACUGGGAAGUCGUCAACUGGAUUCCCAUGACCGACGACGAGGAUGUUACUCGAUUGUUUAUCCUCAUGGGGGCUGAGGGAGGUCGUUUACCCGACAAAAGCCGAAAAAAGACGCCUCGAGCACAGCUUUGGAUGUCCAUCAAGCCUUGCUCCAGCACCCAACCGCGUAGCACAACCGACGCUCUCGCUUCCUAUGCAUUUUCUGGGGUCUUUGAUCACGGUUGCGCCUAUGCGGCAAAUAGCUUCUGGGACCCAGUCACAGGCCAACAGAUAGUCUAUUGCUGGAUUACAGAAGAUGACCUGCCAGAUGAUUUACGGCACCAACAAGGAUGGAGCAGCAUGUUGUCUAUCCCACGGGUAGUGAAACUGAUCACCCUGCGCCAUGUCAAACAAGCUCGGCGCUCGGAGUUGAGUGCUAUCACCUCGAUCGAAGCACAAGAGGAGAGCCAGGAAACGUUUACCAUCCGGACGCUGGGUGUUGUCCCAGACCUACGACUUAAAGCUCUUCGCAGUAAGACGAGCAGUAUGCAUAUUGAGCAUCUGCCCCUAAGCACACUCGACAGCUGUAUCUCUCCACCAAACGCCCACUUUUCUCUGACAACAUCUAAAUGGGAGAUCGACACCGAAUUCUCUGUCAGCGACCGAUGCGGCAGAGUAGGCAUAGAAAUUCACCAUGGCCUCGUCCACCAAUACAAAUUAGCUCAUGCAGACCGACCGUGCCGUACUCUUCUAUACUGGGAACCAGCCAGCGAAACCUUCUGCAUCCAACGACCAAUUCCGCAUGACUCCCGCAUUAACCAUGAAUCAGAGACUGCUCCUCAUACGCUAUUCACGUUUGAAACCCCAUCCGGCGAACAAAAAGAAGAGACGCUACAAAUCCACGCAUUCUGGGACAAGAGCGUGCUCGAAGUGUUCGUGAACGAGCGUACCGUCAUCUCUACCCGCAUCUAUCUGCAACCUGACCAAGCCUCUCAGUGUGAACUGCGUUUCUUCGCUGAGGGAGAGACUAAUCAUGAUGAUCCUCCGGCUAUGCUUCUGCAGGCAGACAGUUGGGAUGGGUUGGGCCUCGAUAAACCUGAUCGUGUCUCGUUGAUCGAGCAAUUGAGAAUGAGGAACAAUUCGACGCGCGAGUGAGAUACCAUGUUUUAAUUCAUGGUAACUGACACAUGACAGAGUAGUUAGGCUAGAUUUUGGAGAAUUAUAGAAUUAUAG